UAUCCAAGCCUGGCGUGGUUACCUAGACACGGUUAUGAGCAAAGUGCGAAGAGUUGACACAAAAGAUGAAAUAUCCUUGAGUAAACCCGGUCUUGGAACGGAUAUUUCUAGCGUAAAAAUAGCAUAUUUAUCGAUGGGGGAACAGCCGGUGUAUUCGACCAGAGCACACGUCUUUCAAAUCGAUCCAAGCACCAAAAAGAGCUGGCUUCCUUGCUCUAAACAGGCUGUAACAGUGUCCUUUUAUUAUGAUCCGAACAAGGAAACUCAUCGUAUCAUAUCCGUCGAUGGCGCAAAGGCAAUUGUCAACAGCACCAUUGUGCCGAACAUGACAUUCACGAAGACAUCACAGAAGUUUGGCCAGUGGUCAGAUGCCAGGGCUAACACUGUGUUUGGAUUGGGAUUUCCAUCUGAAGCUGAACUCAAUAAGUUUGCAGACAAAUUUAAGGAAGCUAAGGGUUCCACCCGGACAGCUGGUAGUACCAGCAGUGGAAACUCCAAUUCAUCUGCAACAGGCGUGAAUGCUAUAACUACGAAUGGCACAUCAAGUGGAGCAGUGAAUGGUACAACAGACUCUCCUCUCAAUACACCCAGUGUUGGACACAAAACAUCGUCACUCAAAAGUAACUCCUCGGCAAGCAGUGGAGAGGAAGAAUCAAAGGAAUCUUCUGGCAUCAGCCAUAAAUUGAUUGGAAACACAGAGUCACAUCUGAAGUAUGAAAAUGACCGUCUGAAGAUGGCUUUAGCUCAGAGUUCUGCGAAUGCUAAAAAAUGGGAGACAGAGCUUCAAACACUGAAGAAUAACAAUGCAAGGUUAACAGCAGCCCUGCAAGAAAGCACAACAAAUGUUGAGGAAUGGAAGAAGCAGUUAAAUGCCUACAAAGAAGAAAAUAUCAAACUCAGGAAAAAGGUCCAAGAGCUAGAAUCGUCAGACCAAGUUAGUGAGAGAUUUAAUGUCGUUCAGCAAGAAAAACUUACCCUUGAUGGCCGAGUGAUUCAACUGGAGAGCAUGAUCAGACAAAAAGAUGAGGACAUGGGAAAUUUGAUACAAUCAAAUGCUGAACUCACCAAUCAAAACCAGACUUUGCAGAUGGGAAAUCAAACAAUGCAAAUGAAAAUAGAAGAGCUGACAUCACAGAUGAGUGCUGCAGCUUUGGAUGAAACUCGUGUUCAGGAACUCACUGAACUUCAGCAGGAACUGGCUAGCAAAAUUGAGGAGAUGAACUUGCUCAAUGUACGACUGGCUGCAAGCUUGCAAACAAGGCCCCCUGCACCAGAGAGUUAAAACAAUGUAUGAGUAGAAACAGCUUUAUAUCCUCAAUUAUCAGCUGCAGAAAGACAGAAAUUAAUUUAUUUAUAGGAAACAGAUUAAAUGGUUCGUGUAUAAUCAUGUUUGACAGUGAUUUGCUAUAGUAGCAUUUCGAACACAGGUUAUGGUAGGAAUUUUUGUGUGCUAAAAUAGGGGAACAGCAAAGGUUAAAUUAGGAAGGGCAGUCGUUAAUUUGGGGGAAGUGUUUAUUUUCAUAGGUUUAUGUUGUGCUACAUGUACUUACUGGAAGCAAUGGUUUUCAUUGCUAUUGUGUAUCAUCAUCAUCAUCUUUAUUGUGGGUGUCAUUGUCAUCAUCAUCAUCAAUAUUGCUUUUUGUGUUAUUAGGCACGGGAGAAUGUAUAUAAUUUGUCAGAUUAGUUCUUUUAAUACCAUGCGGUUUCAAACAGUAGGUAACCAUGCUUAUUAUACAGACCACAUGGAAAAGUCCUGAUAAUUGAAACUCCAUAAAAUUUAGGCUCAGUUGAUAAGGCUUGACUGUAAAUGGAACUAGAAUACUUGUACACUGCACUAGUUUAGUUGGUGAUGACUCAAUUUGCAACAUGCAUGUUACCUUUAAAUGUCAGAGUGCAACAAAAAUAAAGAAAUUUAGAACCAGGUGUAACUAUAAUAAUGAUCAACACCAGCUUUUCUUGACCAUAAAUAAAUUAUAUGAAGUAUGAUUUUCUCAGACAUAUUUCCAAACCCAUAACGUCAUUUCUACUUUCCUUGUAAAUGUCUAUAACUUGUCUAGUGGCUUGCCUUCGACAGGGAUGUGUUACUAGAUCCCUAAACAUUUGGUAAAUUUUGAUUCAAUUCAGUUUGCUAGUUUUGCUCCUGGAUUAUAAAAUUUCUCUAAAAAUCAGGAAUAUUUUGUUAAAAUGAGUGAUGUUGUAAGUGUCAAGCCAGUUGCCACAUGUUAAAUUAACAUGAAGGUUUUAAACAUCUUUGUACUGGUCUCUUACCACCAUGAUUUAAAUCAUUGUGCAGUAUUGUCAAUUCUAUAAUAGUUGUGAAGAGGACCAAAAGGCAAGGCAAAGCUCUUUUUGUUUUUGUAUGUAAUUAAAUCUUUGUUUAGUGCUAGAGGGAUUGCUUUCUUGAAAUAAAAUUUUAGAAUGUACAAGGUACAUUAAUUUAAUUAAUACUGUAGGUAACAAUUUAUAAUAUAUUAUUGAGUAAUGGUAGCCUAGGUGUAGGGAGGGAAUGUCGCUUCCUCCUUCCUGUUUUUCUUCAGGUGUGUACGGCUACAUGUAGGCUAGAGUCAUUUUACAGAGUGUGAUUUUCAUUAGGUCAAAUUUUAUUAAAAUAAAAAUAAACAGGAAAACAUGACUGUUUAAAAAAAAUCUGAAUAAUGUAUAUACAUUCUAUAGAAGUUUGUUUUAAUAUAAUGCUUUUGAUUUGAUUUAUAUGACUGUAAUUGUCAGAUUGCCUGAGUGCCAGCUUAUUUUGUAUGUGGGUAAAGUUGGAAUGCUUUCAGCUCAGGCCCUCCAGGUUAAAGGAAAAAAAAGUGAAAUGUAAAUUUAGUGUACAUGUGUGGAAUUAGACAUAGAAGGAUUAUUAAUACAGGAUGGUGUGGCAAGGGGUGGUGAAGAGCAGUUACUUAUCAAGAAAAUCCACUACUAACAUUGAAGUUAAGUAAUUAAAAGCAUUUAAAAGUUUGUCCAAA